AUGGAUCCAAAGCGACCCCCGUUUCCUGGCCCUCCAGGUGUCUCCAGGGUGUUAAGUCUACAGCCUUCUGGAGAUCAGGGUCAACCAAUCGACCAGCCCCCCUUAGGGCGAGCCAGAGGUUUCUUCAUGCAUAAAGAUGAACCUCAUCCUGGACGAGGUAGAGCCUUUGCUGUACCCACAGAAAUGCCCUCUGUGCAGUUUGGCAGAGGGAUAUUGCUUCCCAUGAGUGAGCCAGUGGUUGGAAUGGCAAGAAGAGUGCCAUUACCAGUGGAAGAGGGAGGACUGGGGAGAGCCAGAGCGUUUUUGCCCCCCAUCUCUGAGCCCACUGUCAGCAUGGGUAGAGGCACUGCUGUAUUUAAAGAGCGCCCAUUAGACCCAGUACCUGCCUUGUCAGUUGAAAAAACGGACAUACAAGAGAAGAUGCCUGGAUGGGAGCCUAAGAUGCUACCAACAAUUGCCAGGGUUGAAGCUCCUGGGCCAGGCUCUUCACUUGUGUCCAUGUUCAGGGGGUUGGGCAUCGAGCCAGGAAAAACAUGGGGCAGAGGAGCAGCACCUAUUGGGCGGGGGGCAGUAGGUGAUUUUGGGGCAGAUGUCCAGUCUAAGAUGACCACCGUUGGGGCAGCCACAUUAAUUCCAGAAAGAGAGCAGGCUCACUUAGAGGAAUCCAUCAGUUUCCUGGGCAGAGGAUUUGUUGGUGUUGACAGAGCAGUGUUGCCCCACAUGGGUGUUGGUCGUGGCCCGACUGCCCCACUGGGCCCUGUGUCCCCCAUUGCCACCCCUUUAUCCCUGCCGGCCACACCCUCCGUCUCUGAAGACGCCCCAGUUCCUCAAGGAACACCCCCUAAAGUUGAAGUGAAAAUGGAGACUGUAAAAGAACCUCUGAAGAAAACAGGAACCAAAGGCAAUCCUAUAUCCAUCGGAUCAAACUACAUCCCCAUCUGCUGCAAAAAUGAGGCUGUGUUUCAGUACCAUGUUACUUUUACCCCGAACAUCGAAUCUAUCGGCAUGCGCUUCGGUAUGAUGAAGGAGCAUCGACCCACUACAGGAGAGGUUGUGGCGUUUGAUGGAUCAAUCCUCUAUCUUCCAAAACGUCUUGAUGAGGUUGUUCACCUUAAAGCUGAGAGAAAAACAGACAAUCAGGAGAUCGAUAUCAAGAUUCAGUUGACGAAGAUUCUGCCCCCCAGCUCUGACCUGUGUAUCCCAUUCUACAAUGUGGUCCUCAGAAGAGUGAUGAAGAUAUUGGGGCUGAAACUGGUGGGCAGAAACCAUUACGACCCCAAUGGCAUCGUGAUUCUUGGCAAACACAGGCUGCAGGUGUGGCCUGGGUAUUCCACCAGUAUUAAGCACACUGACGGUGGUCUCUACCUAGUUGCGGACAUCUCACAUAAGGUGCUGCGAAAUGACUCUGUACUGGACAUCAUGAAUGUGAUCUACCAAGAGAGCCGAGAGAGCUUUCAGGACAUAUGCACAAAGGAGUUCGUCGGUGCAGUUGUUAUCACACGCUAUAAUAACCGCACUUAUCGCAUCGAUGACAUUGAGUGGGCCAAGUCCCCCAAAGACACUUUCACCUUGGCUGAUGGAACAGUGACCACAUUUGUCGAAUACUACAGGAAGAACUACGGCAUUACCAUAAAGGAACUGGACCAACCACUGCUAAUUCACCGUCCAAAGGAGAGAUCCAAACCAGGAGGAAAGGUUAUAACGGGUGAGAUUCUUCUGUUGCCAGAACUGUCCUUCAUGACUGGCAUCCCUGAGAAAAUGAGGAAGGACUUUAGAGCCAUGAAGGAUCUGACCAUGCACAUUAAUGUGGGAGCUGAGCAGCACACCCAGAGCUUGAAACAACUGCUGCAGAAUAUCAACGCCAAUGAAGGAGCUCUGUCUGAGCUGGGACGUUGGGGCCUCAACAUUAGCCAAGAGAUUCUAGUGACUCAAGGAAGAACUCUGCCCAACGAGACCAUCUGCAUGCAUUCUGCCUCUUUCGUCACAUCUCAGUCAGUAGACUGGUCUAGAGAGGUGGUCCGAGACCCCUCCAUCAGCACUGUCCCUCUGAACUGUUGGGCUGUUUUCUAUCCACGGCGGGCAUCUGAUCAGGCCGAGGAGCUGGUAACCACCUUUUCAAGGGUGGCCGGACCCAUGGGCAUCAGAAUCGAGCGCCCCAUACGUGUGGAGCUACGAGAUGAUCGAACCGAGACCUUUGUCAAGAGCAUUCACUCUCAACUCACCUGUGAGCCACGUGUGCAGCUGGUUGUGUGCAUUAUGACAGGAAACAGAGAUGACCUGUACAGCGCAAUCAAAAAGCUCUGCUGCAUCCAGAGCCCAGUACCAUCACAGGCCAUAAACUUGCGCACCAUCUCCCAGCCCCAGAAACUCCGCAGCAUCGCUCAAAAGAUCCUUCUACAGAUCAACUGCAAACUGGGAGGAGAGCUUUGGACUGUUAGUGUUCCUCUGAAAUACCUGAUGGUGAUCGGAGUGGAUGUUCACCAUGACAUAUGCAAAAAAAGCAGAUCGGUCAUGGGCUUCGUGGCAAGUCUCAACAGCAUGCUGACCAAAUGGUACUCCAGAGUGACUUUCCAAAUGCCUCAUGAGGAAAUCAUCAAUGGCUUUAGAGUGUGUCUGCUUGCCGCUCUGCAGAAAUACUAUGAGGUGAAUCACACCUUCCCAGAGAAGAUCGUCAUCUAUCGUGAUGGUGUGUCAGAUGGACAGCUGAAGACUGUGGAGCUUUAUGAGAUCCCUCAGGUUCUGAAAUGCUUUGAGACCAUCCCCAACUACGAACCGAAGCUGGCUUUCAUCGUGGUGCAGAAAAGAAUCGGCACCACCCUGUACUCCUGUGGAGCGGACCACUUCGGCACACCCUCGCCAGGAACCGUACUGGACCACACAGUCACAAACAGAGACUGGGUGGAUUUCUACCUAAUGGCUCAUUCGAUUCGACAGGGAUGUGGCCUGCCCACUCAUUACAUUGCAGUUUACAACACGGCAAACCUCACCCCUGACCACUUACAGAGGUUGACCUUCAAGAUGUGCCACCUUUACUGGAACUGGCCCGGAACAAUACGUGUUCCUGCACCGUGCAAAUACGCCCACAAACUGGCCUUCCUUUCUGGCCAGUACCUGCAUUCAGAGCCUGCAAUUCAGCUGUCUGAGAAACUUUUUUUUCUGUGA